AUGGACGCUUUGGAUAGAGUUGUAAAACCCAAAACAAAAAGAGCCAAGAGAUUCCUUGAGAAGAGAGAACCGAAACUCAGUGAAAAUAUUAAAAAUGCUAUGUUGAUUAAAGGGGGAAAUGCAAAUUUAACAGUAACACAAGUGCUUAGAGAUGUGUAUGCAUUGAAGAAACCAUAUGGCAUUCUGUAUAAAAAGAAAAAUAUUACAAGGCCAUUUGAGGAUCAGACAUCAUUGGAAUUUUUUUCAAAGAAGUCAGAUUGUUCUUUAUUCAUGUUUGGCUCCCAUAAUAAGAAGCGGCCAAAUAAUCUAGUAAUAGGUCGUAUGUAUGACUACCAUGUGCUGGAUAUGAUUGAAUUAGGUAUUGAGAAGUUUGUCUCCCUUAAAGAUAUUAAGAAUAGUAAAUGUCCUGAGGGAACAAAACCCAUGUUAAUAUUUGCAGGUGAUGAUUUUGAUGUAACAGAAGACUACAGAAGACUAAAAAGUCUUUUUAUUGAUUUCUUCAGAGGCCCCACAGUAUCAAAUAUCCGCCUGGCUGGUUUAGAGUUUGUUCUGCACUUCACUGCACUGAAUGGGAAGAUUUAUUUUCGAAGCUAUAAGUUGCUGUUGAAGAAAUCUGGCUGUAGAACACCGCGGAUUGAAUUGGAAGAGAUGGGACCCUCAUUGGAUUUGGUUCUGAGGCGGACACACCUAGCAUCAGAUGACCUUUAUAAAUUAUCUAUGAAAAUGCCCAAAGCCCUGAAGCCAAAGAAGAAGAAAAAUGUCUCUCAUGAUACUUUUGGUACAACUUACGGAAGAAUUCAUAUGCAAAAGCAAGACCUAAGCAAACUACAAACCAGGAAAAUGAAGGGGCUGAAGAAGCGACCUGCAGAAAGGAAAGCAGAAGAUGAGGAGAACAAAUCAAAGAGAAUUAAAAAGAAUUGA